AGAUUGUGAUGUCUCAAGGUUUGCGCCUUAGACUAGUAAGAUACUGCGCCACGCCUGUUCGCUAGCUGCCUAGAGCGAAGUGGUUGCUGAAAUCACUCAUAGUGAGUACAGCUACCGGUCAACGCUAGCGCUUAUACGAAACUGUGGCCCUGGGACGAGAGACUGACCUCCAAGCAUCUCAUGCUGUAUUCAGUGUAUAAAGCUGGGCAAACCAACCCUAUGUCGACCCUACACCAUUCUAUACAACCAUGGCCGACAUAGAAACAACUCUCAACGACAAAUCCCCAAGAAUGCCCUCGGACCCACGCCACGCCAGCUUUACGCUCAGUCCAGACUCUUCACAGCCUUCUCCGACAGAACAAGAUGCGUCAAGAAACCCCUUCGCCAACAACAACGGCGGUGAGACUUUCAACGCCCGCGUCAACGAAGCCCUGCACCACUGGCGCGUCCCCGGCCUCGCGCUGGCCAUCGUGGACAGGCACACUGUAACGGCGCAUGGCUAUGGUAUUUCCCAAGUUGGAGGAGGCGCGAGUCCGGUCACGCCAGCGACUAUCUUCGACAUCGCAAGCAUGUCCAAGUCUUUCACUGCGGCGGCGAUGGCGCUGCUGGUGCAGAACGAGGAAGAUGAGGCACUGAAAGAGGUGAAGUGGGACACGCCCGUCUCAAAGCUAGAUCCAGAGUUGCAGUUUGCAACAAGCGAUGGAGACGGGAGGCAAGGCAUAAGCGUGGAGGACAUCCUAUCCCACCGCAGCGGGCUGCCUGGGCACGAAGAGUCGCUUCUGGGCAUCAGUCACGCGGAUGCAGAUACACCAGAGUCAGUGGUGAGCAAUAUACGGCAUCUGCCCUUCGCACACGCCCUCCGGACUACGUACUUCUACAACAACUUGAUGUAUACUUGCGCCGCGCAUCUCGUGUCCAAAUUAUCUUCUACCCCCUUCGCCUCCUUCUUGCAGCAGAAUUUCUGGGAUAAGCUGGACAUGCAGCGCACGUGGCUGGGGCCAGACGCCCUUCCCACGGCAGAAGCAGAUGCAGGGAACGUAGCCGUGGGGUCCAUCUACGCUACCUCGCAGGGCAAAGCCGUGGAAAUGCCGCACAUCCCCGAGCCCGAGGGCGUCGGCGCAGGCAGCAUCCAGUCCUGCGUGGGCGACGUCGCGCGCUGGAUCCACGCCCAGAUAUACACACUCCCACCCUUAUCCCAGGACAGUUAUAAAAGUCUUCGCACGCCGCGCAUCCUGGCCGACGACGCCAUCCCAGGGCUGACAGGCAUGUCACCCACGUUCUACUGCCUCGGCUGGGAAGUCGCGUACUACCGUGGCGUCACGAUAGUGCGGCACGAUGGGUCGUGGGCGGGGUUUGCGUCGAGCAUGGUCUAUGUUCCCGAGAGGGAGUGGGGCGUUGUGAUACUGGGGAACAGCGAGGAUGCGUAUUCCGCGGAGAUGGAGGUGCUGUUUCAUCUUGUCGACACGCUGUUGGGAGUUCCCGAGGGUGAGAGGUUUGGGUGGAGAGAUCAUUACGACAACAAAGCGCCGGAGUGGGCGCACGUCCAGACCCUGGACGAACUCUUCCCUGAACGAGCGGAGCAUGCAGACGAUGAACCACGUACUGAUCCGGAUUUGGAGACUUUUGUGGGGUCGUACGCGAACACUGGAUACCACAGGAUUCGGCUUGCGUAUGACGCGGAGAAGAAGCAGAUCGAGAUCGAUGGCAGGGACCGCUCAUACUCUUUUGUGUGGGUGGUGAGGGAGAGGGCAUAUGGGCACUGGUACAUGCUUGAGAAUGUUGAUCCAGCGAGUGGGGAGAAGAGCACAAUGAAGUGUAAGUUUGACGCUGAGGAGGUGAGUGGGAAGGUGAAGAGGUUCGGCGUGGACCUUUACCCUAACUCCGGGGAUCUGAUAUGGUUCGAGAAGGAGGAGGGAGAGUAAAGGGUAAGAAUAAAGACAUAAAUCUGGUGCACUUUCAUUAGUAUGGGUCCUUGCAAACGCUAUCAUUGUGAUUUUAUGAUUGCUGCGUGCGGGGAUGGAGAACGUGAUCAUAACAUAGAAGGCCGUAUUCAUGCUCAGGAAUUGAAAUGAUGAACGUCCGAUCGUGGAAAGAUGUCCC